AUCUCGAGAACACGAUAUACCAAUAGCAGUCUAGGCUCAUACCUCCUUUUCAAGCUUUCACAAUGGGUCAAAUGAUCUCGGGCCUAAUCGACAGCGUCGAUCACGACGAGGAGAAGCAGAAGCUCGCCAGCGAUGCCCUGACGCAAAUGCAGGAGAUGGGACAGCAGCAAAUCGACUACUUUCAGCAGUUUAUCACAAACUCGGCCGCCAACGACAAACGCCUUCCUAUUGACAUGAUCAUACACCAAGACUCCAUUGUGCGCUGUUCCAUCUCUUCCAAGCCAUACGACAUUGGCAAGGAGAUCGGGACUUCUUUUGGCCAGUUUGCCAAGGGCGCUUUGGCUGCUGGAUUGGAAACUGUCGUUAGCAGUGGCAUCAAGGCACUUGUCGGAUCCUACGAAGGAAACAAAGCACUCAGAGACACCUAUGCUAUCACGACGGGAGAUCUUGGCGGUAUUCAGCGAGUCGAUAUAAGGAUGUUUGCCUGGAAGUAUUCUUCCAAGCAGCUGAUGGACAUCACGAAGGACGUCGUCGCCGUGGCAGUGGUAGUUUCGUCGGUCCGGGCCAAGGACAUUGACAUAUCCACCGUCCGGACCUUGGUUCAGGAACAAUACUCGGACGUCAGUGCAGAAGAGCGAAAGCAGAUUUUGAACCUAAUCCUUGCUGCGAAGAAGGAGGAGCAGAGCGAGGGAGGUUAGAUAGUAUUACUAGUCUAGCUCUUACUCUCGCAUAGCUUAGAGGGCAC